ACCACUCGUGUGACUACAACAAGCAUUCCCAAAUCAUGUCUCUCAGAGGAGCUUCAGGAAAGUUCUCUCUACCAUCAUUUGGUCGAAAAAACACCGGGACAGAGCCAACUUCCCCUUCCCGGGAGUAUGGCAACGACUCUGACUUCUCCCCUGCUUCUCCUACUCGAGAGAAUGGGCAUUCAGCGGGCGGUGGUGGCGGAGGGGGAGGUUUAGUAGGAAUGGACAACUUUGGUCGUUCUUUAGGUAAGAAAAUUGCUCACCAGAGUCUUCUACCUGCUCUGGGUAACAAAGACCAGAGGGCGUUACAAGAUAUCAUCGCUUUGGAGAAGGGCGUCUUGUCCAUGACUGAGAAACUUGCAAUUGAUACUCAAAAGGCAGCCGCAGCUCUCCCGGUGUAUGGAGCUCAGGAAGGUGCAGACUUACAAGACGUUCUGGGUCAUUCGGCCACACUGCUUUCUCGUCUAUCAACCGCUCUCACUGUUUUCACGCAACACCAAGCUUCACUUCGAGGAUGUUUGAAGAGGAUUAGAGAGCGUGAGGAGGCGUUAGCUGAUUUGAAACGACGAAGGAGAGAUACGGGUAAUAAAGCUGAGAAUGCAGAGAAGAAGUUGGCAAAGAUGGGACCGGAAAAUAAGGGGUUGCCACAGCAGACGGAACUGCUCGAGAGACUGAGACAAGAGAUGCGUCAAUUGGAUACGGAGAUAGUGACUGAGGAAUCGAAAUUGGGAGAUUUCAAACGACAGAUCGUCAAAGAAGCUUUGAGUUUUAAAUUCGGCGGUCUCGAAGAGCUCGGAGAGAAGAUGUGUAUAAUUGGUGAACUGGGAAAGCUCCUGCUGGAAGAGAUUCCACUUGAGGAGACACCACCAGGAUAUGGACGGGCUCCGUAUAACGGAUUUGACAAUACAUCAAACGCUGUAAACGAAGCCAAUAAAUGCCUGGCCACUGUCGAAUUCCAUGCCUCAAACGCAUCCCCCAAACCUCCCGGUUUACCCCAACCAGUCUCAAUGUUACCUCUAACCGCUCCCAACCUUCCUCGUCUUUCUGGCGAUCGUAUAUCCGCCGCUGAAGAAUUUGCUCAUUAUCCCGGGAACGCCGUCUCACCCGAAUCCAAACCCACCUCGCGUGAUUAUAUGAACGCCUCGUAUCCCAACCCCUCUGAUCCUUACAAUUCCGAUCCAAGUCAAUCCCAAAGUAACAUCUACGAUGAAUUCGGUGGCAUGCGUCCUCCACCGACCGGUAUCUUGAACGCCGGUGGAAGUGGAAGUGGUGCUCAUGUAGUUUGGCAAGGUCCUACUGAAGAAGCGUUGAACGUAAACGAACAUGAUUAUGAGAGGGUUCAACAACGUGAAAUGGAUCAAGAAGCUGCGGCUUGGCAAUCUGUCUCUGAAGGAGUUACUACGACUGAAGUUCCUGAAAUACAAGUGCCUAUUGAAAAUGAAGAAGUUCCUACUUCUCCAUGGGAACCUUUAAACGUUAAACGUGAUCAUUCUGUCACUCCUACUCCUGAUCCUCUCAAUCCUCUCGCAACUCUUGGAACGCCUAUCAAUCCGAAUUCCAUACCUACAGGUAAUGGAGUAGGAGUUGGAGUAAAAGAUGAUUUACUACCACCACCUAAUAUGGCACAAUUGACAACUCGAAUUCCUACCCCCGCAACAGGGGAAUUUUACACUCCUUCAGAAGGUCCAGAUCCAUUGAACGAAAUUCGAACAACUGUACCACGACCUUCUUCUCCAGCUUUAUCUAUACCUCCACCUCAACCGGGUGGAGGAGGAGGGAAAAUAUCCGCCGCUGCUUUCAGACGUCCUAGACCUUUACCUCGGAAUUCAGAAGGUGAAGAGUUGCCCUCACCAGGAGGUAUUAGGAGAUUACCUGUUCCUCCUUCUGGAGGAUUUACGUCAGGGAAUAGUGGACCGAACCAAAUGAAUCCUACACCUAACGAAGGUAGAGAAGAGGAUGCUUUCCCUACAGCCGAGGCGAUACCUAGUCCACCACCUACUUAUGGUGAGGAAAACUUGCGAUGAGUCUAGAUUCAUCUGGAGUGUGGAAUUUGGAGUUUGGUAUAUCGUCCUUGCAUGUAUAUAUACAUAUUUGAUACACUGUAGAAGUAUUCUUACCCUUUUUCCCAUUUAAGCAAUUCAUAUCAAAGUGAAUGAUGUAUAUGGACCCAGUGCUGGUUCUGAGAGACGUAAAGGGGGAGAGCGUCGGGGAGGAAAAUGACGGGAGGGAGGAUUGAAUGGAGUCUAGAUGAAAUGAUGCAUAAUAUUUCGUACUUU